AUCAUUACAGUAGUUUUUGUCAUACAUUGAAAUGAAUUAGCCAUGGAUUUACAUGUAUUCCCCAUCCCGGUCCCCCCUGUGUGGCCUUUGAACUCAGUAGGCGCCGGUGCCCAGGCUGUAGGAGCCACCAGCCAGUGUGAAGACCCCAGAGCCCUCAGCAAAGGCCUCCAGCCAGGCUUUGUCACUGCCCAUUUUGUAAAUACAGUUUUAUUGGAACAAAGCCAAACACGCACAUUUAGCUGCUUUUGAGCUGCAGCUUUAAAGCUUGAGUGAUAGCAACACAGCCUCUGUGUCAGAAGUCAGAAACACUUCCUGGCUGUUGAUAGGAGCAUCUGCAAUCUGCCAUAACCCUCAGGCCUGUGGGUCUAGCCCCUCUGUUCCUGGGACCCCUUCCCCCUGCCCCCAGGCUUUUGCUGCCAUGUAAUGAUGGCCCCAGACUCAGCAUUCACCCUGCUCCACACUUGGCUCGUGUGUGUUGGGGGUUCACCCUCCAUCACUGAGGUGACCAGAGCCUCAGGGCCUGGAGAAUGAGAGCCCGACGUCCGGACAGGUUCCACCACCUGAGUGACCUGGCACCGUCACCUCUGCACAGGACAAGCGGGGGCAGGUAUGAGCCUGGAAGCUGUGGGAAGGGACACGGGCUGCCCUCCAGAGAGUGAGGCUUGUGGCCAGGGUCCACACGACUGACCAAGGCCUGGUAGUCCUGUCCUCCUAACCGGGGUCUCAUCUCAGCAUUGGGUCUGCCUUGUGAACUUUAGGUAAACAUGUAAUGGGAUACAUGGAAUAAAGGUUAUCCCACAUAAUGUCUGGGACUUAAUUGUACCAAAAAGUUACUUGUGUGUCUGAAACUCAAAUAUAAGCUGUUACCCUGUUUUUUUUACCUGGUAAAUCUGGUGAACAACCCCCUCUCCCAGCCCCAAAUACUAACAAAACCUGCUUCCUGGGGUCAUUAGGAGGAUUAAACAAGGUUGAACAUGUGAACACACUAUAAAUACCCAUUUCUCUUAAACCUAACUCUGGCCUCAAACACCCUCCUAUGUGAAAUGGCUCCAGAGACUUGUGUGCCAGACACUACUGAAGGAGAGGUGGACAGUAGGCCCCUGCUGCAGAGCCAGUACCGGGAUGAGCCUGUCUGCCUCUGUGACCCAUUUUUCAGCCAAGUCAUAUUUAUCCUGACCCUUUGAGUAUCACAGGAGAGGAAAACCCGAUUCACACUGACUCAAGUGUGACUUCCAUGACUGGCAGGCAGGGGUUUCAGGCACAGCACUGGCUCCAGCCCAGACUCUUGUCUUCCCCCAACCUGUGGUCAGCAGAAGAGCAGCUCCAAAAAUGUCCAUGCCCUUAGCCCCGGCAUCUGUGUCUGUAGACUGGAAGGGCAGGAAAUGAUUCUCCUCUGGAACCCCAGAAGAACUGGCCUGGCCCACAUGUGGAUGUUUGCCCCAAGAGAGAGUAAAUGCAUGUGGCUUCAGGCACCGAGCAUGUGGUCAGCUUCCUCCCUGUAGUCAGCUUCCUCAUUUUCAGGCAGAUGCCUCUCACCCUGGUCCCACUCCCAGGCUGGUAUCUUCCCAAGUCCAGCAGCAUGAAAGCUGUUUCUGGAAAGUUCCAGAAGAAACAUGGGCCCUCGUCUUCACUGAGCUGGUGCAGUGUUUAGAUUGGUCCUCUGCCCAGAACCAAUCUCUAUGGCCAGAGGGUAUAGGGAGUGCUGAUUGGCUGGUCUGGGUCCCAUGGUGUUGAGGGCUGCAAGGAGAAGGGUGGACUGAAGGAGGGAGGACCCAGAUGAGCCUGGCUAGGACCCUUAGACUUGCAGGAGCCCCAGAGUGCUCAUAACAAAUGAGUGUUCAUACCAUCUUUGUUCAUAAUAGCCAAAAUCUAAAAGACCCCAGAUAUCCAUGGACAGAUGGAGGGGUAAACACACAGAUGAUGGAUAAAUACAAUGUGGUCCCUCCACACGCUGGAAUAUUAUUCUGCCUUUAAAAAGAAAGAUUCUGACACCAGCUACACCAUGGAUGAACCUUGAGAACAUGAUAGCGAAACAAGAUCCAGAAGGACACACUGAUUCCACUCACAGGAGGUCCCUUUAGGAGUCAGAUCCAGAGACAGGAAGUAUUUGGUGGGGCCACAGGCUGGGGGUGGGACUGGGGAGUCAGUGUUUCAUGAGGACAGAACUUCAGUUUGGGAAGAUGAAGUUCUGGAGAUGAUGGUGAGGGUGAUCCCAUGACAAUGUGAAUGUACCUAAUGCCAUGAGCUGUGCAUUUAAAUACAGUUAGGAUGCUGCAUUUAUGGUGUGUGUAUUUUGCCACAAUGAGACAACAGGGCAAGGAAAUUAUCGAGCUGAAACCACACAACACCACCAGUGAGCUGGGAGGUGGAACAUGAUGAGAUAAUAGAUGCUCAAUAGGGUUUCCUGUAAAUUUCUCAGGUGUGAUCAUGGUGAUGGGGUUUUGUCUCCAAAGAGUGCAUAUCUUUCAGAAACACUUGGGGGUGAUGUGGAAUCAGCCAGAGCUGUGAAUGUCACCUCCCUCCCCCACAGGAAGGUUGGGUGUGAACUGUGCAGGGGCUCGGGGCCAGAACCGUGGAGGCCCCCGAUCUGAGAUGCUGCUCCUGCUAAUGGUCCUGGAAGCCCUGUGGGCAGGAGGCAACACCUUUGAGACCCACAUCAUUGGGGGUCGAAACGCUGUCCCCCACUCACACCCAUACAUGGUCUCGCUGCAGAAGUCUGGCUGCCACCAAUGUGGCGGGGUGCUCCUGAACCAAAAUUGGGUGUUGACAGCUGCCCACUGCCUGACCCAGCCGACGCAGCAGCUGAGGCUUGUGCUGGGGCUCCAUGUGCUGAGAGAGCCCAGUCCUACCUACCGCAUCAAGAAGGUGGUCCUGCACCCCAAAUACAAGCCAACCCCUCAUCUGGAGAAUGACCUCGCGCUGCUAAAGCUGGAUGGGAAGGUGAAGCCCAGCAAGACCAUCCAGCCCCUGGCCUUGCCCCGAGGGCGCCAGGCGGUGGCCACAGGCACCCGUUGCAGCCUGGCCGGGUGGGGCCUGACCCACCAGCCUGGGCAGUUGGCCAAGGUGCUGCAGGAGCUGGACCUGCGUGUGCUGGACACCAGGAUGUGCAACAACAGUCGGUUCUGGAACGGCACCAUCAGCCCCCACAUGAUCUGCCUGGCUGCUGACUCCAAGAGCCAGGCCCCCUGCAAGGGGGACUCAGGCGGGCCUGUGGUGUGCAGAAGAGGCCAAGUGGCCGGAAUCCUGUCCUUCAGCUCUGUGGAAUGCACUGACAUCUUCAAACCCCCUGUGGCUGUCGCCGUGGCCCCCUACAUGCCCUGGAUCAAGAAGGUCCUCCGCCACUAACGGCCCACCUCCCUCACCUUGACCCUCCAGAGGUGGCCCUGAUUCCAUGUUCCAAGGAGCAUCCUGCAGCGGGGCAGCCAGGGGCCCGGAUGUAUCAGGGGACCAAUAAACCGUAAUAAUAAAACUGCUUGAGCCUCCUGAGGGCUGAGGACCUCUGGUUUGGCACCUACAAAACGGGUUGUACUUUUCAGGCUGCAUGGGAGGGCCAGCCGCUGCCAAGGCCCGGGGGCGCCUGGGGUCAGAAGGAGACAGAGAAAGGCCCCCAAAUCUCCUUCCUUCU